UCACACAGGAACAAAUAUCUGCACGUAAUUUGUCUUGGUGUUCAUCGAACGACUUAGUCACUCAAGGCCUUAAAUCUUGAUUUUGCUCUUACGCCUUGUAAAUUUUACUAAGCCACGUCGUCACUGUCCACACGUACACAUCAAACAUGGCGGAACACUGGCAAACCCUCGAAGUCCAAGAGGCUGGCGACCUGUAUCUUUCCUCGGGCCUGACAUACAUUGCAUUGGUGGCAAUCGACUUUGGUACCACCUUCAGUGGCUUUGCCUUCUCCUUUAACUACAAGGAAGGGGAAAAAGGCAUUCAUAUGAACAAGGAAUGGGGAGCAGAUCAAGGCCUCUCUACUUUAAAGACACCCACCUGCUUGUUGCUAAAUCCCGACGAGAGUUUCAAUUCAUUUGGGUACGAAGCACAAGAUAGAUACGCUGAACUAGAGGAGGAAGAGGCUCAGGAAUAUUAUUACUUCGAGAACUUUAAAAUGGUUCUUCACAACGAUCAGAAUUUGAACAUGGAAACUACUCUGGAGGCUAGGAAUAGAAGACCUGUGAAAGCUUUGGAGAUUUUUACUUAUUCCAUACGUUACCUCCACACAAGGGCUCUGGAAGUUAUCCGAGAGAGAACCGGCGACGAACAUUUUAACUCUCGGGAUAUCCAAUGGGUUUUGACUGUACCAGCGAUUUGGAAGCCAGCUGCCAAACAGUUUAUGAGAGAAGCAGCAUACCAGGCGGGAUUAGCGUCGCCCUCUAAUCCUGAACAGAUAAUAAUCGCUUUGGAGCCAGAGGCUGCCUCUGUUUACUGCCGAGAGCAGAAAGUGAGGGAUUUUAUGACAGAACGUGGGAACAAUGAUUCUUUAGUCGCCGACAUUCUGGCCCACACAGAUACGCACUACGUGGUUGUCGACAUAGGAGGUGGAACGCUUGACGUGACCGUACAUCAAAUUCAGGAGAACGGAACAAUCAAAGAGAUUCACAAGGCGACUGGAGGUCCUUUUGGUGGACAGAAAGUUAAUAAACAGUUCAUAGCCCUUUUGGAAAAAAUAUUUGGCCAAAAGCUCAUUGAGAAUUAUAUCCGGCAAAAUCCAGUAGAUUGGCUUUGCCUCAUUAAUGAUUUUGAAGUAAAGAAACGUGGAAAGCGAGUCUGCGCGGGAGGAACUACCAGAAUUCGGCUGCCUGGUAGUUUUGUGGGCAAAUUCUCUGGCCGUAAAGGUUGGGACAUAAAUGCAAUAAUCCAAGAAAGUUACAGUCUGGAAGACAUCAAGGUUCAGCGAAACGAAUACCUUUGCCUUGAAACAAAGAUCAUGAGACAGCUGUUCGACCCGGUCCUGGAUGAUGUCGUGGUGCAUCUUUCCAACCUCUUCGCCAAACAGGAAUUAUCUGAGGUUGAAACUGUCUUUCUUGUCGGUGGCUUUGCUGACUCGUUACUCCUCCAGGAAAGAAUCAAAAAACAUUUCAGCAAGAGCUACCGCAUUAUGGUGCCGCCGAACGCCUCCCUUGCAGUUGUCCAAGGCGCUGUGAUGUAUGGGCAAAAACCUGAAGUAUUUGAGUCCAGAAUAAUGAGUUCUACUUAUGGCAUCCGUAUACACAGGUUGUUCCUAGAUGGAUUGCACCCCGAAUCAAAGAAGGAGGUAAUCAACGGAGUCUCGCGCUGUAGAGACAUCUUCUUCAAGUUCGUGAAAGUCAAUGAAGUCGUGAGAGAUGGAGAAAGACGUCGAUUCACUGGCUUUUCACCUCUGAAAGGUGCUGAGAAACAAGUUAGAAUUGAUUUCUACCGAUCAGAACGCGCCGAUGUUGAGUUUGUAACAGAUCCUGAUGUCGAGAAGGUUCCUGGCCGAGGAUUGGUACUUGAGACACCAGAGGCUUGGAAAACCAGGGACAUCGAAUUCAAUUUAUUCUUCGGUGGAACAGAAAUAAAAGUGACGGCGGUAAAUCUCACAAGUAACAAGGAAUCGACCGCCUACCUUGACUUUUUAACCACCAACCAGUAAUUGCGUGAUUAGCUGAAGAAUUUAUUAUUCUGGAAGCUUUUCAGCAUUUGGUUCAUAGCAAUUAGGUGAUACCACGAAAAGUUGAAAGCGUUAAGAUAUUCAAACUUUGUAACUAAAUAACAUUUCUAGUCGGGAUAAAAGCUCAGAGCGUAGAAAAUAAUAGUGCUUCGAAUUGAAAUGCGACCUAUUUUGGUUUUUCGAAAUCAAACUUUGUUCUACUCCAGAGUUAUGUUUUAGGCUAUGUUUUAAUAACACACGAAAAAAUAUUCAGCAAUAUUGUACAUCGACUAAGGUAGAAUAUAUCCAUCUGUUAAAGGAGAAUGACGCUUUGACGAUUUUCAUUUCGCAACUUGAAUCGGACUUGUAAGAACAAUGGUCAAACAUGUAUGGAUUUUUCCAGGCUUACUGUGCAUUACAAUUAACUAGUUAGCAUGGCUGCAUUAUCUACUCUCCUUGGUGUCUUUGUCCAGCUAUAUUUUUACAGGAUCAGAAGAUAACAGGUAGCUCAGUUACACAUUUUCUAAUACAAAUUUACUGCAAUGUCGUUCAUACCCCUAACGUUUCACAUACAUUAUAACGAAGCAAAGGGGCGUUUUCGAACUGUGUGUACGUAAUUAAGGGUGCAUCAUAAUUCAAUGAUGCCGCUCACGGUGUUUUCAUAAGCAAAUUAUUUAACUUUGCUUUGCGAGAAAAUUUAAUUCCACUGGCAAUGGUAUAAAACAAUUGAUUCAUGCUUUUCUCUGUGCAUUAUCGAGCUAUGAUGCACUUGCGGAGUAGACACCAAUUGUUGAUUAACGCACAUUGCAUAACUCCAGGAUAAAUUUUUAAUUUCUCCUUCGGAUUCCACUAAUCUACCAGAUAGUAUUUAUUUUCAAGCGGUAGUUUUAACUACGGUUAGUACAAAAGAAAAAAAAAAAAGAAAAAAAAUCUACAUUUUAAAAUUCA